AAACAAUAAUAAAAGGGACUGAGGGAGAGUUUUUAGAGUGUCCACGUUGGACAGAAAAAUUAGCCAAUCAGAAACUCUUUUUUGACACGUCAUUAUGUCUUCUUUUGUAUGGGCUCUAUUGUUUCGUAUGGGCUUUAUUAUUCAGAUUAUCUUGCGGCCCAUCUUAUCAUACACACAAAUAUGAUAUCUCUUCCACCGUAGAAAAUCUUUCCUCCGACUCUUCCACCUCUGACUUUUCCACUUCAUCUUCUCCAACGCCUGCCUUUUUUCCCACAACGUUCUCAAUCAAUUACACCGUUAAAUAUGGUCUUCAAUGUUGUGAUCCAUCUCCCCUUUACUUCUCUUAUAUAUGGCUCUAUCCCUAAACCUAAUUCUACCCUAAAUAAAAAAACCUACUCUGCAAAAAAAAAAACCUAUGGCAAUGAAAUCCGCCGUAAAGUCUCAGCUUACCACCAGAAAAGCUCCCCUCGCCAUGUAUUUCAAUGACAUCUCUCCAGGACUAUCAGAGUCACAGCUCCGAUUUCGAGUAAUCCACUUUUGGGAGGCAAAAAAUAUAGCUAAUAGGACCCUCAUUGGGAUAGAGCUCCUACUCAUCGACGAACAGGGGACUGUGAUGCAAGGAUUCAUUUCCUCUUCUCGUGCUCCAACAUACCUGCCUCAUCUGAAAGCAGGAGCAACUUACACCCUUCAGAAUUUUUUGGCUGCCACAAGCAAGGAGAUUUACCGCGUCGCUGAUCAGAAUUUAACAAUUUCAUUCUCGAACGGCUCUAUUCUUGCUCCUCUCGACGACAUCCCCGUCUCCGUCUCUUUUCCAACCGACAGGUUCAGGUUCCACACACAUGAGGAUUUCCAAGCUCACCGUGGUCUCAGGGGCGAUCUAUACGGUAAAACCUGCUCUCAUUUAGUUUUCAAACUGCGUAUUGAUUCUUAUUGGGGCUUCUCUACUAAUUUUCAUAUAAAAAUGUUUUAG